AUGUCAUCUCAAAAGGUAGCUCUCGUAAUCGGCGCAUCUCGAGGAAUCGGUCGUCAAAUCGCCAUUGAUCUCGCAAAGAACGGAUACGCAGUAAUCGUAUCCGCCAAAUCCACCAGCGACGCCUCCACCACCCAUCCCUUUCCCCCAAAUCCCAAUUCAUCCGCCUCAACCAUCUCCACCGUCUGUCGAGAGAUCCUCGAAGCCGGCUUCACCGCUACCGCCAUCCCCUGCGAUGUCCGCUCCCACUCCUCCAUCUCCUCUCUCAUAUCUCAAACCAUCUCCACCUACGGACGCAUCGACGCACUAAUCUACAAUUCCGGCGCUAUCUACCAUUCCUCCGUGCUCACCACCCCUCUAUCCCGCUACAUGCUAAUGGAAUCCAUCAAUCCCAACGGUCUCUACGCCACCAUCCAAUCCUGCAUUCCUCACUGGAAAGCCCAAGAUUGGAACGCCCGAAUCGUCGUCAUCUGUCCACCCAUCUACUCCCGAUUUUUCCGCGGCAAAACAGCCUACGCGAUGGGGAAAGUAGGAAUGAGUGUUCUGGUGCAAGGUCUCGGUAUGGAUUUUGCGCGUAUGGGAUCAUCGGGACAGAAGAUGGCGAUUACGGGUCUCUGGCCCGCGGUUGCUAUUGAAUCUGCAGCGACUGCGCAUUUUUCUUCCGCAGACGAGGAUUUGAGACAUCCGAGUAUAUUUUCCGAUGCGAUCUUAUCGAUUGUGAAAGCGAAGACUGAAGAUGUAAAUGGGAGUUUGUUGUUAGAUGAGGAUUAUUUGAGAGAGCAUGAUGGAGUGAGCGAUUUUAGUAAAUAUGCUUUGGUUCCCGGGACGACCCCGAGGAGGAUCAUGCCGAUGAAGUUUCCGGAUUUGAGAGUUGAGGAGCAGGAUGAUGAGGGGGUGAGAAUGGAUAGUGCGAAGAAGGAAAAGAGUGGAAAGUUGAGUAAACUUUGA